ACAACACAUUCGCGACUGUCUGUUGAACAGUGAAGUUUUGUUAUAAAGCAGUGAGAGUGCCUAUACGUAUUCAAAACACAUUGAAAUCAAAGCAUUUAAAUACACAGUGAACGGGUCAUUGGGAUUUUUUUAUGUGUUUGCAAAAGAAUUAUCUUAUUUUGUGGUUUGACUACAGCUAGUAUUCAGAACAGGUUUUAUAAGAGGUUAUCAAACGGAACAUGAAGAUGAACGCGCCAGUCAAUCGCAAGUGUACUACGCACUGAGUCAGUCUUACGGAAAAUUAAGUGCAUAAUAAUGAGAAAAAAUAUAUUUAUACUUGUUCUCUUACUCGUUAAUUACGAAUGUAAUGGAGGCUUGUUGGACGGCUUGUUAUCUGGUGCAAAUGAAAUACACAAGCAAAUACAUGGAGCCGCUGGUGCUGUCAUUGGAGGGCUGUCACAGGGAUUGAACUUCAACGUCCAGGGAGGGUUCGGAGCGAACGGUCAGAAAAGACCUCCGCCGAACAAUGUACCGGAGAAACCAACCGAGACGAUCGUGGUAGUUGUUGAAGAAGGUUCAAACGAUCGGCCGCCAUACGGAAGACCGCCACACUCGAACGGAUAUGGACCACCGCAUAAUCACCAUCGACCUAACAACUUCAAUAAUGGUAAUGGUCAUGGUCAUGGACACGGGCAUCAACACCAUCAUCACAACAACGGGAAUGGUAAUAACCAAAAUGGAUUCGAUGACAACCAAAAUGGCUUUGAUCCAUCUAAUCAACAUAAUUACAACAACUAUGGCCAGCAAAACCAACCGGGCUACAACGAUCAAAACUUCAAGCCAAACAGGCCCGGCUACGGAAAUCAAAAUAACUUCGGACAGCCGAACAGACCAGAGUAUGGAAAUCAAAAUAACUACGGACGUCCUCCUAAUUUCCAAAAUCCACAUAAUCGGCCUAGCGGACCUGGCUAUGGGCAAAAUAAUUAUCAGAACAACGAUAACCAGAAUAACAAUGGACCACCAAACCGACCCAACCAAGGUAACCAAAACAAUUUUGGACAGCCUAAUCAACCAAAUGAACAAUACCCAAUUAAUAAUGGGCAACCAAAUAAUCCCAUCCAUGAAAAUCAACCCAGCAACGGAAACCAAAAUAACUAUGGAAAACCUGACCAACCUUCUUUCCCAAAUCCCGGUAAUAAUGUGCAACCUAACCAGCCUGGAUACGAACAAAAUAAUCAACCAAACACUGGCCAUCAAAAUAAUGGACCAAACCAAGGUAAUCAAAAUGGUUUUGGCCAAACUAACUCAGGUAACCCUAAUAAUAAUGAACAGCCUAAUAAACCCGGCUAUGGAAAUCAAUCGAACAAUGUAAACCAUGACGUCGGAGAGACGACUUCUAGUCAUGAUGGCCAAAAUCAACAAUAUCCAGGCAACAACAGCCCCGAUAACACAGCAAGUGCACCACAUAAUACUUAUGAUAACGGAAAUCAACACAAACAUGAGGCAACCACUAAAAAACCUAAAGACGAUGAGCCGUUAUUUGUGCCUUUAAAUCCGAACCAAUAUACUUAUGGAGGUGAUAAGAUUGAGGUGAACGCCCCUAAACGAGAAACCAAUGAGAAACCAAAAGCAGAAGAUGAAGACGAAGAUUUGGGAAUAGAUAUACGAAUUAAAGACAAUUAAUAUUAUUUAUUAGGUAAUAAACCUAUUUAACUAAAAGGGCUUUAUUAUAAUAUCCUCAUUCGCAACUUUUUAAAAUCAUUAUACUGCGUAUUUUUUACAAUAAUAUAAUAACCUUCGUAGAUAUUGCUACAAGAUGAAUAUUAAACAACAAAAAAUUGUAUGAAAACAUAAGCGAUGAUUCACAAAUAAUUACACACUAACAACACAUGUUGCAUAGUUUUGUGUACCGAGUAAAUAAAUUUUACAUAAAAUUACCUGGUAUAUUUGAUGACUAUAUUUCUGUAGAACGCUUUGUUACCUAGAAAAUUAUGUUGUAUUUAUAUUCGAUGAAAUCAUGCACGGAUAAAUUAGCAUAAAAUUCAAAGAAUAUAGCCAUAGCAUAAAAUAAAGACAACAUCGACAUAUUAUUACCUAUUCUA